CUCAUCAGCAACAGCAAGGUCGGGCCAGACCAACGCAAAUUUUCACGAUUCUCUCAAUCUCACAAAUCCUCAUCGGCGGCGAUCCCUUUUUUCCCUUCGCCGCCGCGGCGCCAUGCUCCGCCUCCGCAGCUGUGUCCUAACCCACCUCCUCUCUUCUCCCUCCGCCUCUCCAAUUCCAUCCUCUCUCCACCGCCUCAUCUCCGCCGCCGCGCCCGCCGUCUCAUCAAACCCUGGCUUCGCUGUGGAGGACUACCUCGUCGCCACCUGCGGCCUCACCCGAGCGCAAGCCCUCAAGGCCUCCACGAAGCUCUCCCACGUCAAGUCCCCCUCCAAACCCGACGCCGUCCUCGCCUUCCUCGCCGGCCUCGGCAUCUCCAGCGCCGACGUCGCCGACCUCGUCGCGAGGGACCCGCUGUUACUCUGCACCAGCGUGGACAAGACCCUGGACCCCAACGUCGUGGAUCUCACCGGCCUCGGUUUCUCGGUUUCCGAGAUCGCACGCCUCGUCUCCAUCGGCCGCGCCGGAUUCCGCCGUAGAUCCAUCGUCUCCAAGCUUCACUACUACCUGCCCCUCUUCGUCUCCAUCCAGAACCUCCUACGAGCAUUGAAGUUCAACGACAAUAUCCUCAAAUACGGACUCGAGAGGAGUCAGAGGGCAACUAAGCUUAACCUCGCGGUCCUGCGGGAGUGCGGGCUUGGUGACUGCGAUAUUGCCAAGGUGUGCAUCGCGGUGCCAUGGAUGCUCACCGCCAACGUGGAACACGUCCGGGCAACUGUGGCGUCCGCAGACGGUGUAGGUGUGCGUCGUGAAUCACGGAUGUUCAGGCACGCGCUGCACGCUGCUGCAUGCCUGGGCAAGGAGAAGAUCGCCGCCAAAGUUGAGUUCAUGAAGAAGACGUUUAGGUGGUCGGAUGCUGAGGUGGGAAUCGCUGUUUCCAAGUUACCAUCUGUGCUGUUGAGGUCUACGGAGGCGCUGCAGAGCAGGUCAGAGUUCCUCAUCUCCGAGUUGGGGUUGGAACCGGCAUACAUUGCUCAUCGGCCGGCAAUGCUCUCUUAUAACUUGGAGCGUCGUCUCAGACCUCGCUACUAUGUCGUGAAGUUUCUCAAGGAGAAUGAAUUGCUAGAGCGCGAGCGGGACUACUAUAGCACAGUCACAAUCAGCGAUAAGGUAUUCAUGGACAAGUUCAUACACCCUCACAAGGAAGCUGCCCCACACCUUGCUGAAGACUAUGCAACAGUUUGCAGUGGGGAAGUGCCCGCUAGAUUCUUAUUUGCAUGAACCAAGAACAGGGUAUUGAUUUUGAAUAUGCCUGCUGCACACCAAUGAUUUCACUCUGCGUCGUGAGCUGGUACUUCAUGUCUGUUGCCUGCUACUGUAUGUAUGCUAAAUUCAAAUUUUGGUGGUUGCUAACUUCUGAUGAAACUGAUACUUCCAUUCUUUGAUGGCAUGGUUAUGAAGUUGUUCGUCCUCAUGUCAUGUUACCAAGAAAGUAUGAGAUCAGGCAUUCCUUCGAUACACUGAAAUACUAUUUUCAGUUUAGUAGGUUGUACCCUUGCAAGAAUUUUGGUAUUUUUACUAGCACAUAAUAAGCUAAUGUUUCUAAGCCAUCCUUGCAAUGACAAGAGGGGAUAAAAGUGGUGUACUUUUCCUCGUCAAUAUCAACAAAUCAAUAGACAAGCAUGGCCUAUCUAGUUCACAAGCUAUGACAUCCUGUAUUUGGCACCUUAGACUGCUUUUGCCGAAUUGUCAUUUUAAAUUUCAGUAUGCAAGGAUUUCCACCCUGGUCACCAAUUAAACUGGCCCUGUCAAUUAUUUCAUAAUCAUAUGUGUAGCAUGUCUUCUAGUGCAAAUUCUGUGCUUGAUGGGUAAUGAGAAUAUGUCCAAUUGUUGAUA